AUGGCAUCAGCACCUUCAUCUAAUGCUAGUAUCACUUUAACACAGAACCUCCCUGAUGAAGAAGAAGUUAAAGUCAUGGUUCCACCCUUGAAUUUUGCAAUGGUAGCACCAGGUGUUUAUCGCUCCGGGCAUCCCAAUCGUAAAAACUUUCCUUUCUUAAAAAAAUUAAAAUUGAAGAGCAUAAUAUACCUUUCAUCAGAUGAAUUUAAUGAAGAACUUAAUCAAUUUGUGAAUGAGCAAAAGAUUGAGGUUUUCCAUUAUAAAAUUGACGGAAAUAAACCAUUUAUCGAAAUCGAACAAAAAGAAAUUAGUAGUGCAUUAGUUAAAGUCCUAGGAUGCCUUCGAAAAUUACAAAAAUGGUCAUUAACUUCGAUUUUUCAUGAAUAUCGACGCUUUGCCGUUACGAAAGUUUUAGCAGAUCAAGAGUUUAUUGAAAUAUUUUCGGAACAUGUACCAUAUAAUCCCGAGUAUAAACCUGAAUGGCUAUAA